CCAGGCCCAAACGGUAAUGUCGUUUGGGCCUGCCCGUCGGGUCUGGUCCAAGGURAGGCCUUUAUGGCCUGUAGUGCCCCCAAGGUCGGGCCUUUAGGCCCUGAUGUGUCCAUCUAGCCCUAAGUCGGGUCCUGUGUGGCGUCGAAGAUGUAACAGCAGGACACGCCAGCAGGCCACRUCAGCCGGACACGUCAGCCGACAGAGCAGGAAAUACCAUGUCAGCAGGCCCCCGGCCUGGUCUAUGCUGUUGCGGUCACAUACAGYCGUCAUGGACCAGAGGUCCGGAGAGGCAGACGAGGCCUAUCAGGCCCAGAUGCUGGCUUGGAGUACCRAAGCAAAGAAACGGGCAGAUGACGCAGCAGCAGCAGCGAAAAAGAAGGCAGAGGACGCCGAGCAGGCACGUCUGUUGGCACUUGAACAACAGCGCCASCAUGACGAGGCAGCAGCAAGGGUUGCCGAUGAAGAAAGAAACCAACGUCGUGAGAAGAUAUUUAGCGGAGAGCAGACUUUGCUCACAAUGGCAGCGGAAUGGCGGACCGAGGCCGAGAAUGGCAAGAUGGGGGAUAGCGAAAACAAGAUCGCUCUCCUCCUCUCCCAUCUCACAGACCUCCUGGCAACCUGCAUUACACAGCAGGAGGAUAUCCACAACCUCAACUACUCGCUAGCUCAACUCCACAACGUCAAAGAACACAAGCACCACGCAUACUUGUACUCUCGCUCAGGGGGCGCGUGCCAGGCUUGGUUGGACAAUCUCUUGUCCAAGUACGGAGUGGUAGCUGUCAACUUGCACACCAAGAUCAGCUGGGAUGAUCUGAAGGCGGCGUGGCACAAGCGGUUCCAAGUCGAGCCACCGCAGAUCAAGGCUAUGUACAAGCUCAUGGUCUUCGAACAAGGCACGCUGCCGAGUACUGACUGGAUCGCCGAGUACCAACGCUUGACGUCAGUCCCAGACAUCCAGAUGGGCUUCAAACCCUUCCGCCACUAUUUCAUCUCAAGGUCCUGUCCGGCAUUAAGCAAUGCCUUGACUCAUGUCGAGGACACCUUGACGACAACGGCGAAACUCUUUGACAAGGCCGCGCAGAUCAUCAUUACAAACAAGGAGGCUAAGAACCUGCGUUCGUCUGCGGCAGGCCCGAGCAGAGACCAGCAUCGGCCAAGAGUGGCCGUGGUCGCGGCUGCAACGCCGUUUGACCAAACUAGCGAGGCCGUGUCUGCCCAUGAAGGAGACAGACUCGCAGCCGCCCGGGAAGGUGGCCGCCCCGGCAGAGGCCGAGGACGCGGCAAGACGAAGACACACACCACAUCUAGCCCCGGGCCCGGCGCAGCAGCUCCAGCCCCUUGGUCCCAAUAUGGCAUCUUCGAGCAAGCAUUCAAGGCGCGCACGAGAUUCCACUAUUGCCUAUGGCAAGGGCAAACAGGGAAACUGAGCACCGCCGAGAGUGACUCGACGACACUCUCAACGCCUCCGGAACCGGUCUCUUCGCGAGUGGCCGGCCUUCAUUCCGAGGCACAUGCGGAAGUCGAUAGUCCUCCUCUUCUAUAUUCUUUUGAGGACUAUGCUGCCCGGGUCGUUCCUACGCUGGGUACUCAAGCUCAAGGACAAGACGUGUGUGCGGCAUCUUCUCCGUCCGGCAGCGGCGACUUAUCAUCUUCAAGUGGUUCUUCACGGGAUUCGGCACGCGAGUUCAACAUAGAGGUAUUGGACCCACUCACGUCCGAGGACUUUGCAUGGUUUCCUCUCCUGACCACGGGCCGCUUGCCGGGACCGCAAUGCGCAGCACUAUGCGCUCAUCUGCACAUGUACUUAUCCUUCUAUGCACCACCAACUUCGCCGACGGAUGACGAAGUCGCAGUGGGGGACAUCCUUGCGUAUGUUACCAAGGUGGCCCGCGAGUUUCGCACGCAGCGGUACGAUGACAACAACACACCGCUCAUGUAUGUCCGCAUUCAGGUUGGGCAAGCGUCCUGCAGCGCUUUGCUGGAUAGCGGUGCGUCUCGCAAUUUCAUGAGCCAAUCCUGUAUGCAAAGGGCUGGCCUUGGCGCACAAGUUCGGAGGAAGGCAAACCCGACGGCGAUCAAGUUGGCGGAUGGAAAGACGCAACAACUUCUCGACCGUUACAUCGAGGCCGUACCGGUUUAUUUCGCACCUCAUGCAUGCGAACCAGUGACGUUCGAUAUUCUCGACACGGACUUCGACAUCAUUUUGCGAAUGCCUUGGCUUGCAAGUGCAGAUCACACAGUCAACUUCCACCGGCAGACUCUUAGCGUUCGUGACGCCUUCGGGGCCGAAGUGGCGUGUACUAUUCCUCUACCGCACCCUUCGAUUCGGUGCCAAAUGGUGACGGCCAAAUCAUUCCGGGCGACUUGCGCUUAUGAGCAGCCCGAGGAGAUCGGCCUAUGUUUCCUACGGACCAUCACGGUAGCCGACGCUUCACCCACGGACUUGUCUUCGGACCCCCGGGUGGUGCGGUUGCUGGACGAGUUCGCCGAUAUCUUCGAGUCACCUACCGGUGUGGUGCCGAAUCGGCCGAUCUCUCACAAGAUCAUUCUUGAGGCCGGUGCCGUGCCGCCGAAAGGUUGCAUCUAUCGGAUGAGCGAGGAGGAGCUUGAGGUCCUCCGCGCACAGCUCGACGACUUGUUGGCCAAGGGCUGGAUCCGCCCGUCGGCAAUGACCAACGAGUUUCGUGCAAUGUUGGACCGGUUCGUACUGGUCUACUUAGACGAUAUUCUCGUCUAUAGCCGGACAUUGGAGGAUCAUCUUGGACAUCUUCGACGAGUGUUGGAGACGCUCCGCCUCGCCAAGUACAAGGCCAACCGCGACAAGUGCGAAUUUGUCCGACAGGAGCUGGAAUACUUGGGCCAUUUUGUUACACCGGAGGGCAUCAGUCUGCUAUCGGACAAGAUUCAAGCCAUCCAAAAGUGGUCGGAGCCUCGGAACGUCACAGAUGUCUGUUCAUUCCUUGGCCUUGCCGGCUACUACCAGCGUUUUAUCAAAGGCUACUGGAAGAUCGCAGCCCACUUGACCAAGCUUCAAUGUGAGGAUCGGCCGUUUGACUUCGAAGAGGAGGCGUGGGAAUCAUUUUUGGCUCUCAAAGCCGCGCUAUUGUCUGCGGAGGUCUUGCGGAUAUACGACCCGCUUUUACCUACACGCGUCACUACGGAUGCGUUAGGCUAUGGCAUUAGUGUAGUCCUUGAGCAACAUGAUGGUGUGGACUGGCACCUGGUCGAGUAUUUCAACAAGAAAGUGCCCGUCGUGCAUUCCAUUGACGAUGCACGCAAGAAGGAGUUCCUCGCCUUCGUCCACGCACUCAAGCGGUGGCGGCACUUCCUCCUUGGUCGAAGCCAAUUUCGAUGGGUAACGGACAACAAUCCGUUGGUCUUUUACAAGACCCAAGACACCGUCAACAGCACCAUCGCUCAAUGGAUGAUUUUCAUUGACCAGUUCGACUUCUUUCCCGAUCACAUUCCGGGGAAGUCGAACCGUUUUGCGGAUGCUCUUUCACGGUGUCCGGAUCAUUGUAUUGCGGUCUACUCAACCUUCGAGAUAGACGACGACCUGCAGAACAGCUUCAUCAGCGGCUACCAAGCCAACCCCGAGUUUUGCGACAAGUACGCGAAUUGCUCCUCUCCUAAUCCGGCGCCUUCUCACUACCAGAUCCAAGAGGGGUACUUGCUUGUCCACACGCGGGGGAAGGACCUUCUUUGCGUAUCGAAUGAUCCUCACUUGCGUACACAACUUCUUGGUGAGUUCCACGAUGCUCCCGCCACCGGGCACUUUGGAGUCAAUCGCACGAUUGGCCGAAUUCGCGAGCGAUUUGGGUGGCCCGGCCUUCUCAGCGAUGUCACCCGCUAUUGCGAGUCAUGCGAAGUUUGCCGACGCUGCAAAUCCCGCAACCAUCGUCCGUACGACGAGUUACGACCAUUACCGGUCCCGUUGAGGCGAAGGGAAGCGAUUGCCACGGACAUUACCGGCCUGUUCCCCAAGCACAAGACUGGAGUGGAUGGGAUUUUCACGGUGGUCGACCGACUCACCAAGUUUGCCAUGUUUUUGCCUUGCCGCUCUCAUGCCAAGGCACCGGAGUUGGCCGAGGUUCUUUAUGCCGAUUGGAUUCGAACCAAGGGUUACCCCAAGGAGAUCGUCUGCGACUGUGACACUCGGUUCAUGUCCGAUUUUUGGUUGGCGCUCAUCAAGCGAUGGGGCUCAUCUCUCAAGCCCAGUUCAACUCGCCACCCUCAGACCGAUGGCCAAACGGAGAGGGCGCACCAGACCGCACAGGUUCUCCUUCGCACUCUCAUCCAUCCUGACCAGAAGGACUGGGUUGAGCGGCUGCCAAAUGUCGAGUUGGCCUACAACUCUUCCAUCCACCCGGCUAUCGGGAUAUCGCCUUUCGAGUUCGAGCACGGCUCGCCGGUCACUUCACCAUUAGACACUAUUACUCCACGAACGGCCGAGAGCGACGUCCAUCUUCUUUUCUUGCGUCGGAUGCAAGAGCUUCUUGUCAAGGCACGCGACCAGAUGGCUAAGACGCAGCAGCGCAUGAGCCAACAGGCCAAUCGUUAGUGUCUUCCUUGCCCAUUCCGCGCCGGCGACCUCGUUUGGGUUUUCGCAGCGGAAUUCAGCCUUGAACAAGA